UACUUGAUGCAAGGUGUUAAAUAGAAUAACAGUUAUUCGUUGACAGAUCACAGUUCUGUCCUUUCUUACAAAAUACCGUAUGUAACAGCCCUAUUGAUGUUAACCAAUUGCGUGACAGGUGACUCUUAAGCAGAUUUCGCGACAAAGCCAAAUACAACUGACACUACAGAUUGAACAGCAAAGAUGGAAGCAAUUGUCAGAUCUGGUGGACAUUUUUCAGAUUUGGAACAUCGAGGCAUAGGAUGUCUUUAUUUUGUUCUUGGUUCAAUUGGAGUCUUGUCCAAUUGUUUGGUAAUGAAUGUGUUCAUUCGAGAAAACGUAGUGUCUGCACCAAAGAAGGUACUGCACAUCAACUUGUGUUUCAGUAAUGUCUUGGUGUGCCUUGGAUUCCCGUUUGCUGGAUUGUCAUCGUUCAAAGGAAAAUGGCUGUUUGAAACGUUUGGAUGCCAGGCUUAUGGAGUAGAGUCCUACACGGCUGGAUAUGCUGCGUUAGGGUUUGUUAUCGCCCUUUGUAUUGAGCGAUACUGUUCUGUGCGUUACACAGAAUUUUACGAUUCGUCUUCUACAAUGACAUGGUGGAUGAUGGCCCUCGUUGUAUGGAUUACAUCACUACUUUGGGCUCUCUUCCCUUUAUUUGGAUGGAGUUCUUAUGCUCCUGAAGCUUCUGGUGUAGCAUGCGGACUAAACUGGCUAAAAAAAGAUACCAGUCACUUGACCUAUGGCAUGUGUAUUUGUCUUGGAAGUCUGUUUUGGUACGUUGUCGCAGCAUUCUGCAUUUCCGGAACCAAGCAAGAGAAGCCAAUCGUUGUUACCCGUGGCCAGGAGUAUGAAUGGCUGAGCAAUCAUCAGUUACGUUGGAUUUGCAUCGGAUUUCUUGUCUUCGUAAUAAUUGGAUGGGGUCCAUAUGGAAUGUUCAUGUGCUGGUCACUUAUAACUGAUGCCACGGAAGUAUCUAUGUUGGCUGCAUCACUUCCGCCAUUGUUCGCCAAAGGAAGCACCGCUCUUUAUCCUAUUGGUUACUUACUGUCAAGUGAGAAGAUCAGAGACGGCGUGCUUGGUGGAUACUUAGAUGAACCCGUAAAGAAAGAGAAAUAACAACUGAAAUGUUGUGAGGUUCCAAUACGGUCAAUUUAAGAUCGCAACUACUAAAUUCCCUGUUCUACUUGUAUUCUUUUUAAAUUCUAAAUUUAACAAAGAGGAUGUCAAAAGUUGAAUUUAAGGUAUAAAACACUUUUGGACAAAUUAAAAUUCGUUAGACUGAAUUUGAUCGUUUUUGGAACCUUAUUUUACUUUAAGUUGUCUGAUUUGUUCAAUGACUAUAUUGUUUUGCAACGAAUCAUAUAUUAUCGUGUAACUGUAUAGCAUGCAUAAUUGUAAUUGUGGCUUUUUGAUGCAAAGAUGUGUAGUGUACUGCUUUGUACUCAUCAAGGAAAUUGGUAAUUGGUAGAUGAAGCUCUAGAUGAAGAAAUAAAUUAUUAUAGAGCAGA